AUCACACUGCAGACCAAAAAACCCGAGGAUGUACAUAUUUGUGAGGAUUAAAUCGGGGAGAUGUGGAAUAGGAUGCUCCUGAUGCCACAGUAGCCCGCUUCCCAAAUCAGGAAAGUGGAAACUGCAGCUGGGAAAAGUUCAUUGUGGAUAUAGCAGCCAAAGUUUGACGUAAUUCUUCCGGACAUCAAGAGUGGACUAUAGUGCCAUCAUGAAACUAUUUCGUAAGGAAAAAUAAAGACAUCGUCAACGUGAACUUGACAAUUAGAGAGAGAGAGAGGAAGAGAAAGAGAGAGUGCAAAUUAGGGAAACUUUUACAAGUGGUCUGGCACGGUGGUUAACACUUUUCCAGAUGUUUGUAGCCUGCUGUUAAAUGCGUUACUGAUGCAGACAGCUAUUUUGGAUAUUCCUGGAUAUGGACUGACAUCGACAGAGUAAAUAACGUUUUUAAUUCAUUAGAGAGAGGACGUCGUGAUGACUAAAAUGUUAUUUGGGUGAAGUCCUCGGAAACGCGUAAGGGAAGCCCAAUGAGUGGCACACAGACAACACUCACUGACAGGACCCCGAACAUUCUCAACAAGGACCCUCCAGACAAGAAACCGAAGAAUGACAAAUCUCCAGUCUCCCUCAAACAUGAGUUUGACCCCACAGGUCUCGUCCCACGCUGUGUGAUUAUCCAGAGAGACAAGAAUGGCUUCGGGCUGACAGUGAGUGGAGACAACCCUGUGUUUGUGCAGCUGGUCAAAAAAGAUGGCGCUGCGAUGCGAGCUGGUGUCCAGACAGGUGACAGGAUCAUUAAGGUCAAUGGCACCUUAGUUACACAUUCAAACCACAUCGAGGUUGUAAAGCUGAUAAAAUCGGGUUCCUAUGUGGCUCUGACGGUGCUGGGGAGGCCGCCGGGGCUUCCUCAGAUCCCCCUGGGGGUGGAAGAGGAGCAGGAGGAGGAGGAGGAGGAAGGAGGGGGAGAGGUCAGCCUGUCCUCCCCUCUCUCAGCGCCCCAUUCACCUGCAUUGUCCGGUGGGGAGCAAGGCUGCCCCUUCACCAGCAGCACCUCCUGCAGCCCUCAGGACCACAGCACCCCCCCUCUGUCCCAUGGGGAUGAGAACAGCACUGUGUACAGUCAGAAAGCCGACACCCUGCAGAAGAGACUAACCAUGGAGCAGCAGGACUUACAGGCAAAGGAGGAGGAGCACGGCAGAAACCCACGACCUCAACUAUUGAAGGAGAUCCAGGAAGCUAAAAGGCGCAUUGCACAGUUGCAGGACCAGCUCGACAAGACUACAGGGGCACCGCAGGACAGCGCCCCAGGGUCCAGGGAGGGGGAGGAUGAGGAGGGAGACAGCGGGCUUCCUCCCAGGGAACAGGCCGCCUCCUCACGGCUUGACAGCAGCAGCGACAGGCCCUCGACCAACACUAACUCUAUGCCCAGCAGUCCUCCUCUAGAAAGUGCUGGCCAAAAAGAGACACCCUGCCAGAGCCCGAAGAUCAGCACCCAAGACGGCCUCAACUUCUGCCCAUCGCCGGACACUGAGGACUCCACUGACCUGGAUUCCAGUGCCCAGUGCAUUGUGGGUGGCCCUCCCUGCCAUCUCAAUCCACAGAUCAUUGGAGCAGAGGACGACUACUUUGACACACAACAAGAGCAGAUCAACGGUCAGUGUAGCUGCUUCCAGAGUAUGGAGCUGCUGAAAUCUCGGCCAGCUCACCUCGCAGCCUUCCUCCAUCAUGUUGUCUCACAGUUCGACCCUGCACCUCUGCUGUGCUAUCUCUACGCCGACCUGCACAAGCAAACCAGCUCUAAAGAAAGUCGACGCCUCUUCAUCGACUUCCAUUCACUCUUCAUGGAUCGGGCAGCAAAUCUUAAAGUACCCGUUCCUGAGUCCAUUGCAACUGAACUGGAGCGGCGGAGGCUCGAGUUAAUCCCAGAGGAGCUCUGUAAACAGUACACCCAAGUGUUACAGGAUGCACUCCUGCCAGACCUUCACAGGAACCUGGAGGACUUCAGACAGAAGCGCAGCAUGGGUCUGACUCUAGCAGAGGAGGAGUUGUCCAAGCUUGACUCGGAGAAAGGAAAAGACCAAAUGGCCUCAGAGAGGGAAUGCUCCUGUGCCGAACACAUCAUCUCUAAGAUAGAGGACAUCCUGUUGACGUCACAGCCCACAGAAGAAGAAAAGUGCACUACAAUGCAGUAUGUGAUCCUUACCUAUAUGAAGCACCUUGGGGUGAAAGUGAAGGAGCCUCGCAGCCUCGAACCAAAAAGAGCUCGCAUUAACUUCCUACCCAAAAUCAAGAAGAGCAUCAAGCCUGAAAAGGAGGGAGAGGAGAAGGUGAAGAAGCCCCGCUUUCCCAACAUCCUCGGCCAGCCUCGGCGACCCAGCAGGGGUGAUUCCAUGUCAUUUGGUAAGCAGCGGUCACCGAGGCAGCUCUCUCAGCCGGCCCUCAGCAUCCCCGAGCACCCCGACUCCUCCGCCUCCGGUCGAAUCCGGGGAAGCCAGUCCAGCGACGGCUCCGAUGCCAGCACCCACUUUUCGCCCUCCACUGCCUCACCCCCACACAGCGCCACAUGUGGUCAGGCCUCAGACACCGGUGGACAAGACUCUGACUCCAGUUUCACUCCAUCCUCUGCCCCGCCCCGACCGAGCGAGGGCCCCCAGUCCACCGACCACCAGGACGGCGUCGCCAGCCCAGCCAGCACCCAGUUUGACUUCAGCCCCUCCACCCUGGACCAGUUACAGGAGGAGGAUCAGGAGCCAUGCAGUAGGAUGGACGGGCAGAACGCAGUGAGUUCGGCUGACGUCCAGAGCGAAGACGACCAGGGAACCGAGGUCGAGUGUGAAGAAGACCCCCUGAACUGGCAGCGUCUGGUCAGCCGAGGCGUCCUGGCAAGUCUGACGCCGCAGGAGAUCAAGAGGCAGGAAGUCAUCAACGAGCUGCUCUACACUGAGCGUGCCCACCUGCGCAUGCUGAGGGUGUUGGACUGUGUUUUCUACCAGAGGCUGAACAGAGACGGUGUCCUCCCCCCAGAGGACAUCAAGCACAUCUUCACCAACCUGGAGGAGAUCAUUCAGCUGCACGUUUCUAUAACGGAGCAAAUGACGGCCGUCAGGAAGAGGAGUGAGACGUCGGUGAUCGGUCAGAUCGGAGAGGAUCUCCUGGCGUGGUUCAGUGGGGAGGAAGAGGAGAAGAUCAAGAGGGCAGCAGGAACCUUCUGUAGUAACCAGCCCUCUGCGCUGGAGCUCAUCAAGACCAGGCAGAAGAAAGACCAGAGGUUCACCUCUUUCAUGCAGGAAGCUGAGAGUAACCGUCUGUGCCGCAGGCUGCAGCUCAAGGACAUCAUUCCAGUGGAAAUGCAGAGACUGACCAAAUACCCGCUCCUACUGGAGAGUAUAGCCAAGUACACAGAGGACGCUGAAGAGAGAGAAAAGGUGAGGAAGGCCGGAGAAUGCUGCAGGAAGAUCGUAAACCAUGUCAACCAGGCUGUAAAGGAGGCUGAGAACAGACAGAGGCUCGUGGAAUACCAGAGAAGGUUGGACCUCUCCUCGCUAAAACAGAGUGAAAACCCCAUGAUCUGGGAGUUCAAGAAUCUGGACUUGACCAAGAGGAAGAUGGUGCAUGAGGGACCUCUCUCUUGGAAGGUCAAUAAAGACAAGACAAUUGAGCUGUACACAAUCCUCCUGGAGGACAUUCUGGUUUUGCUGCAAAAACAGGACGAGCGUCUGGUGUUGAAAUGCCACAGCAAGAACCUGGCUGGCACCGCCGAAACCAAGCACAUCUUCAGCCCCAUCAUCAAGCUCAACACCGUCUUGGUCCGCUCAGUAGCCACAGACAACAAGUCCUUCUUCGUGCUGUCCAUGUCAGACAACGGGGCUCAGAUCUACGAGCUCAUGGCUCAGACGGUGUCGGAUCAGAAAACGUGGCAGUGUCUCAUCACACAGUGUGCUGACGCCAUGAAGAAGGCCAAGCCACACAACGACGUCAUACCUCUAGUUCAGACAGAUGCUGAGCGGGACGCCAUUGAGAUCAUCAACCCUGGGAUGACCAAGCUGAGCAAAGAUUCUCACUGCACAUCAUCAGGAAGUGUCUCAUCUCCAGAUAAAGACCCAGCCUGUUCUCCGGGCCUCCCAGCUCCACCGAGUCUCAACCCUUUCGAAGGCAUCAAGUCCGAAGACGAGGAGGAGGAGUCGGCCCUGGCAGACAGACGGGAGCCAGAGGAGGAAGAGGUGGAUGAAGAGGAACUCGAGGCCUUCCUGGAUGGACAGCUGGCGGACAGGCUGCCCUUCCUGCAGGAAAGGUCACGUCAGGGCAUUGCCAUCGAAAACCAAGAGAACCCCUUUGACCUCCCUUCCUUCAGAGCCGAAGAAGCUCUAAGGACAUUGGCGAUGCUGAAGCAGCUCCUUCUUAACCACAUGAUAAGCAGAGAGGAGGAGGAGAAAGAGGAGACAGAGGAGAGAAAACAGAGGAAGAGCGGGGCCCCUGGGUGUCUGCUGAGGGCCUCCUCAUGUGGGAGCUCCGAGGGGCCGUCCGCUGUGUUCGAGGAGAGCCGAGCACCUGAGAGGAGUUUAGAGAAAAACGACCCUGUGCUCCCACCUGGACACAUAGGGUUGUUUGAGCCGACCGAAAGCGAUGGCAACUUUGUGGUUUUGGAUUUCGGCGGUGGCUCUGAAGAGAGCAGCACUGAUGAUGACGGGGGAGGAGGAGGUGAUGUGGGAAUCGACAUGAAGAAACUGCUGUCCUCCUCCUCGCAGACAGGGGACGGCGGCCCCAACCUCAACCGGCAGCUCAUGACUCACCUGCGCCUCCUACAGGCCAGUCUGCAGCAUCUGAAGGAGGUGGAGAUGAAGUACAACCAGCUGCGCCAAACACUGAGUGACACGGCUACUGACUCGGAUGAGAGCAAUGAUAGGAUUCAGUAAUGACUGAACUGAAAAUUGAAAGGAAGUCCCAUGAUACCCCUUUCACCUGGAUGCCUCCUCAACCACUUACUUUGCUGCUGCUGCGUAACAGGAGGCUCAACGUGGCCAUGGAAAGUGGCAGACUCCAGGCGCACAUGAGAAGGAGUGGAGCAACAGCAGCAGGACAGGACAGUUCCACUAUAAACCCAGUAUUUUCAAAUGCAAGACGCAUUUGCAAGCAUUUGCACGCGAUGAAGGUCUGUUACUAAAAAGAGAACUCCACUGAAGUACCGCGGGCGAUUCACGAUAUAAGUGAGCAGUCACCGUUGUUUGUUUUAAUAAUAAUCAACUGUAUGAAAUAUCUCAAACACUGGACUACGGAAAAUGGCUACACAAGUCAUACACACCCUCCGCCCACCGCUGUCUGUGGCGCCACACAGAUAUAGAGGUGAGAAUGAAUUGCAAAUGACAAGAACGAUGAAGAGGGUGACUGUGGCAGGAGCCCGAAUGCUCUUCUGAGAAUCCGAGAAGAUUUUCUUUGCUCGGGACCCAGAGCACUGCUGUGACAUAUUAAGCUUAUGUGGAUGUAAAGCAAGAAAUAUGUAACCACUGCGUAUUCAACCCAGGACCCGGCUGCUUAACCGCACAUCACUUAACGCAGCGAUCACCGCACAAACCAAGGAUGAAGGAUCUCCUCCGAUUCCAUCACCAUCCCCAAAUCUCCCUGACCUCUUAAAAGUCUUUUCAUGUUUGUUUUAAACUGCCAUGAAUUUCUUGUCAAACUCACCCCAUAACACUUCCACUUAAAAACACUUUAAUCAUGAGCGGAAACAAAAACAAUGCUUCAGAUGUUUUAAAAAAAAAAAUUAUACGCUCAAAAGGCUAAUAGGCUAUACAUGACUAGAUGCUUGUAACUGUUGUUCCGUGAUCAGAUGGGUAUGAUCAGAGAAUGAGUAACAAGGCCACAAUGCAAUACAUGCUGGUAAAGUGUUUGUUCUGGUUGUGCAUGAAUGGGUCUUUAAAUCAACUCUCCUUUUACACACUACACCCCCGCGGACCUGCAGGAUCCUCGCACUCUUUCUUUCAGUUCUGCUUCCAUUUGUUAAAGAAUAUUACACUUCAAAAUGUAAGAUGAAACAACCUGUGCACGACAUAAGCACUUGAAAUGACUCCACUUGACGCGAUGGUAACAGAUGAUCCUGAUGACGGACAUAGCAUGCAGGCAUCAUCGCACAUCUGAAAUUCACUUAUCUUGGCCAGGAGAGUCCACCGUAUUUCCAAGUGCUGAAACAGCCACAUGUAGCGUGCCACAUCAGCCCAUAAAAGAGAAGGAACUCAGCAGAGCCCAAACCUCUGCCAGUGAAUAGUUCUCCUUUCAAAGCCUGCGGCCUUUGCUGCUCUGCUAUUUUUGUUUCAAAUCAUUCGAUUUUCCAAGAAAAUAGAACAUGAAUGCAAUGUUGUUUAGCAGCUAGAAAGUCCCAGAUGUCAGACUUUCCCACCAUUUCAACACAGCGAAAUAGUUGUAGCUAAAAAAAAAAAUGCUAAUUGUCUGAUGGCAGGAAUCCCAGAUCUGGAUUAACAUCAAAUUCUAAUCAAGCGAUCUCUGGGCCAAGAACUGUUCUCUCCGCCAGGUUUCAUCCAAAUCUGAAACUUUUGGCGAUAUCUUGCUGGCAGAGGAGAAACAUAACCUCCUUCCAGCGGGUUUGGCAGAGGUCACAGUGUCCCUGAGGGGGCCCGAGCACUCAGUCCCGUGUGUAAAAUCGCUGGUCACAUGAAUUAAAUGCACGGAGGAGUGUUAUGUGUGUGUGUGUGUUUGUAAGAAUCUCCACGUCCCAGUCAGAGUUGUUGUUGUACAGAAAGGAAACAGCAGCGUAAAAUCUUGAAAAGUUUGCUUGAUUUUCUACGUGGCACAAGAGGAGAGUCAGAAAAUGCUUAAAGCAAAACUGAACCGAGGAGUGUUGGGUUGUAAAGUUACCUGGCUGUGAUGUGAGGCCACGUGGAGGUGAAAUAUCCUCAUGUGCUAACCCACAACACUGGAUCUCUAUCUCUCCAUUCACUUCCAUAGCAAAACAACUCCCAAAGUAACACUUUUAUCACAUAAACAAACGCAAACAAAACAGAGCACAAUAUAAAUAUGAUACAUAUAAGACAACAAGUCCUGGUUCUCAUUUUUUGAAGAAAUGAAAUGAUCCCUUUCUUGUUAUUUUCCUGUUUGCAAUGAAAAGUAGAUCCGGCACGUAUUGUCUGCAGGUGACUUCUGCAUAGUAACCUUGCACCUGGAAGAAAUUACCUUAUAGUACUUUCACAAAUAAUUGUAAUUACACACAUACACACAAAAAACAACAACAAAAAAAAACAAAACAAAAGGGUACCGGGACUUGUUGUUUGUUAUAUUGGAAUAAUCUGCUUUGUUAAUAUUUGUCCAUUUGCCAAAAAUGUAACUUUUUGCCAUCCUAUGAAAGCGAAUGGAGAGAAAUACAGUAUUGUGCAUUUGCAGCCCAGAAGACCGUGGAUCAGCUAAUGAGGAUAUUUCACCACCGUGUGGGUUCUUAAAAUGUCCAAUAACUUUACAACUCAACAAAUUCAAAUUUGCUUUAAAAAAUAAAGUAAAAACUAGUCCUUGGCUCUAGGAAUAUAGUUAAAUCUAGCUGAUCAAAAUCUCAUCCUACUGAAGCAUACCAUCUGCCCAGAAGGCACAAUGGGCAACAAAUGCAAUUCUGUGUUCCACCAUAUAUGAAUUAACUACACUUAGCAGAGAAUUUUACAAUGUGUGAGUAUGUAAAUGUUAAUUGGAGUAUAAUUUAAUUUUACUGUGUAUUUCAAACAUCUCUCUGCCUCAACUGAGCUCUGCUUCCCAGCGAUAAACAAGGCUGUGCUGGCUGCAUUUCAGCAUUAUCGGUGUAGUAGUAUGAUGUUUUGUUGUUGUUGUUGUUGUUGUUGUUUUCACUUUUUGCUGUAUUUCUUCAGACACUGAACUAGUGGGAUCUCUCUCCACCCCAAACAUAGCAGGAGAAUGUCUCAUCAUUCCUGUUGAGAGCUUUGCCUCACGAAAUUAUUUCACCUUCAGCAUUACAUGUGAAAGGGACUUUGAACUUACAGUGACCUGUGAUAAGGUCUCCUCUCACCUUUUCUUUUCCAACUCUUGGCUGUCUGCCUUCCUUUAGGUACAGCCUCCAAAGACAAUCACCCCUGUCCCUGAGCACAGAGCAGGCCAAUUUAACAUCUUUCACAGUGAAGACACUUAGAAUUUCAAACACAUAGCGAAAUUUAAUAGACGACUUAUGAGGUUUUUAACGUCACAAUCUAGAAAGUGUCACAACAGCCAUAUGAUCCUGCACCAGGAGCCUUCCCAGGUGUUUGACUCCUCAUCAUCACUCAUUGUUGCAGAUUGAUGGUUUUCAUUAUCAAAGUUAUUGUGAAAAACCCACCUGCCCAUUCAGCUCAGAUUGUUACACAACUGUACUGUGAAGAUGGACAGAACAAGCUCUUCCUCUAAGGCCAGAUUAUUUUUAUUUCAAAGCAGAUUCUCAAACAAAGUAGCAAUGGUGAAUACAUGCAGGGGUUAAAUUAGGCUGGGGACUAGUGCUGAGGGUGCUACAGCGCCCCCUAUUUGCGUGGGAAUUGAUUUUGCACUUGCUGGAGAGACUGUGUAUUUCUAAAACAAUACUUUCCGAGCUGUUCAUGAAUGCAACACAUCCUGAGAUGUCAGGGUCAAGAUGUUCCUCUCAGUUAAAAACAAGUGUGCUUCCUGAUCACAGCUCCACAGGGAAGCUGCCAGGCAACCACCACCUGCGAGUCUGUGCCCUGCUCUAAACGCCGGGAUAUGAGAAACACCUGGCAGAUGCAAACCUUGAAGUAGCUAGAAGAAAGGAAACAGAAAAGAGAGAGAACGGAGGGGGAAAAAGGCACCUCCCAGCAAAUCAUCGCACUGUUUUACCAAAAUCUAAAAAUGACUGGUUACAUGAAGCAGUGACUUCCAUGCUUCCAAAACAGUGAUAUCAGCUCCUAAAACUCCUUUUCAAACCCCCACCAGCACACUGGAUGAAUUGGCACAUAAUGACAGAAGAGAAUUCACCAUGGUUUAUUCUAGCACUCAUCACAAGGUAGCCUCACUGUAACAUGCCUUUAUUUUCCCUGGAAAAUAAAGGCAUGUUCUCUAAAACCAUGGUUUCAUGAUGUUUUUCGCGUCACAUUGCUGAAUCCACGUUGCUGGUGACUCGUUGGCAGAAAAUCUGGCAUGUUUGGAGAGCUGUUACGCACAUGGCUUACGUGCGUAAUAGCUCUCUAAACAUGCCACGCAUCCAGAGCACCUGCAGGAAUGAUAGAGUUGACGCUGCGCUGAGAUUAGACGUGGUCAUCCCGUCUCUUAUCGCAAUGAUUUUUUGUUUGUUUGUUUGUUUGUUUGUUUGUUUGUUUGUUUUUACCAAAAGAGCACACCUCGCUUUGCGCUUACUCUUCAAAAUAAACCUCCCAUUUCGGUGCGCCACCCCACCCGCCCUUGCGCCAGUCCCGGUGCGCACCCUCCCACCAGAUCAGGUAAAGUGUGUUCCCAGAUCACCAAAAAAUAAGUAAAUACCCACUGGUCAUGGCGCUGCACGUGAUGAUCUUUGUGUCCACAAAAAUAGUGUUUUUCUGACCACAUCCACAUCCAGAAAGAUAGAAAACAGGGUGAAUGUAGUAAAACACUAUCAGUCACACUAACAGUAGCCUAAGGAGGCCUGAAAUCUACGUUAAUUUAUUUAUCAUAGGCUGUCACAGAUGCACCAUUUUUAAAUGAUGAUAAGAAUGCACACACACACACACACACACACACACACACACAAAAUAGAUUCCAAUAUAAAGAAAAACAGUGUUCAAUGCUUUUGUUUGGCCUUUUGCCUGUUUUCCACAUUAUACAAUCAUGUAUGUUUUAACAGAAACUAUUUAAAGGAGUAAAAAGAAAAUAAAAAUAAAAAAGAGGGUAAGGUAUCCAUGAAACAUUAAUUUGUGUUUAGAGAUAUUACUGUCAAAAUGUUACAUUUUUAUGAUAGUACUGUUAGCUCUGUUUCACUGGCUUUGUUGAGAACACAACAAAGGUAAGAGAUUUAGAUAGAAGAUGUAAAGUUGGCUGAUCUGUUGUUUGAAAUGAAGGGAAAGUGUCAUUUCGUUUUAGUUGAUUUUUUUUUGGAUCGGGGCUUGGAGUGCCCAACCCCAAACAAGAAGAUGGAAAAUAGUAUCUGAAUGUUAUUAAAGAAGCUUUACAAGUU